UGCUGGAACAGAAGGGCUAUGGUGUCGUGAACGAGAGUGACUUAAUUCCUUUCUCAGGAGACCUCAGGAAAAAAAACCAACAUCUGGCUUUGAAGAGAUGGAGGACUCUCAGAACCUACGGCGUAGGCUUCCUCAGCAUGAUGUGCUAACCACCCACCCAUACUUCAAGACAGAAACUUCACCGGAGGGAUUGGGUAAUAAUCAGCAGGUGUUGCUCAGAGCCAUGCCUUGUUCCAUGCAAGAGAAGCGUUUACUCAGGCAGCUGAAUGCAUCCACAGGAAGAGAGGUGUCCAGUUGGGUGACAUGGCAACAAGGACGAUACAGAGCCUAUAGACAAUUUCAAGAAGGCUUCAGGAACCUUACCAGGAUCUGUCAGCUUUGGAAGGCUUCUCUGGAUGAGAUUGAGGGGGUUUUUGGCCCAGGCAUCCAGUCCUAUUUCCAUUUCCUGAAAUUCCUGUUUUUUAUCAACUUCCUGGCUGUGCUGCUCAUCACAGGCUUUAUACUGCUGCCUGUUACCGUCUCCUAUGACACAACCAUUUUUCUGAAGGGUCCGGGUGCAGGACUGGAGUGCAUGAAUUAUAGCAGGGACAUCAGUCAUAGAUCGGCCUGGCAGCACCUCCAGGACAUCUUCACUGGGGAAGGCUAUCUGGAGCAUUCCUAUCUGUUUUAUGGCGCUUACAAUGUAAAACAAGAUAACAACCGCCUCUAUAGUGUACACUUAGCCUACCUGCUUAGCAUCCUGGGAUACCUCUUUGCUUGCUUCCUUUGGAUCCUCCGACGGAUUGUGACCAGUUUGGUGCAGUGGCUGAUGCGGCGAUGUGAAUUCAAGCCAUGUAACAGUGCCAGAAUCUUCACUGAAUGGGAUUUCUGCAUCCAAAGCCCUGAGGUGGCUACCCUCAAACAGCGGAGUAUUUACAAUGACCUCAAGAUUGACCUGGCAGAGCAGAUCCGGCGUAUACUGAAGCAACAGCGAACAUGGAAGCAACUGACUCAGCUGUAUCUGCUGCGCUUGCUAAUUAACGGUGUCAUCUUGCUACUGAUGGCUGCUGCUUUCUAUUGUAUUCACUUGGCCACAGAGGUUUCCCAGCAAGAUGCUGCCAGCCUCAGCGUAGUGAACCAAUACUUGCCACCUGUGGUCAUCUCCAUAGUGAAUGUCUUCCUGCCAUUUCUUUUCCAUGCUCUGGUCCAACUGGAGGGCUGCUCUCCCAACACUGAAGUCAACCUCACACUAGUCAGGUGUGUGAUCCUGAAGCUGUCCAGCCUGGGAAUGUUCCUGUUCUUCCUGGGCCACAGGGUCCUGUGCGCAGGGAGCAUAAAUGCUCCUCAAUGCCAGCCAUGUGGUUACAACAAACUCUAUCAGUGCUGGGAAACUCACGUUGGACAGGAAAUGUACAAGAUGACUUUCUUCAGCUUCUUGACCACCUUGGCAUUUGCUUUUCUUAUCAGUCUGCCACGAAGACUGUUAGCUAAGCAUUCGUCCUGUGCACUGGCUCGCUGGCUUGGCAAAGAGGAGUUUCUGGUGCCUCACAAUGUGCUGGAUAUUGUAGCAGCUCAAACAGUCAUAUGGACUGGGAUCUUCUUCUGCCCACUCCUGCCUUUGCUCGGAUGUGUCUCCAUCUUCCUUACAUUCUAUAUAAAAAAGUACACUUUGUUCCAGAACUGCCAGCCUUCGGCUCAGCUGUUUCGAGCAUCCCAUUCUAAAUUCCUCUUCCAGACUAUGCUACUGCUAGGCCUGUUUUUGGCCUGCACAUCUCUGGGCUACGUCAUCAGCAGUGUCCGCCCAUCCCAGCCCUGUGGGCUAUUUGCCAACUAUUCGACUCCUUGGCAAGUACUGCCUAAAGCUAUGUCGCACUUGCCGACCUCAGCACUGCUUAUUUGGGAUUAUGCCACAUCCAAUGUCUUUUGUUUCUUACUCUUGAUGUUGCUCAGCCUCAUCCUCACAGUGUACAUUUCUCAGGCACAAGCAAAUAGACAAGUGAUUGAAAGGCUCAAGAGGCAACGAGCUCAGUGUGUCCAGGAAAAAUGGUGCCUGGUAAAGAAGCUGGCUUCACACCUAGUGCAUCUUCCAUGAAUUUGGUAGGGAAAGUUCUCAGCAGGAAAGGAACUUCAUGUGAAAGGGCUAUAGUGAGAUGACAACAGUAGGAAAAUUUGCCUUGCUUCUGAGGAGGGCAGAGAGCACAGAAUGGCCGGAACAUGCUUGAACUAAUCACAGAAGACGACAGAAUCCCUUUUAUCUCGCUGGAUUGUAUACAAAGCAAGGCCUCGUGAUGCACACAAACAACUCCUGCAGCCACUCUGUCAUAGCCUUAGGUAUAAUAUCUAUUUUCUCACUGUGAGGUUGCCUGUGUGUUGAAUUUUGUACCUAGUAUUGGUCCUUCCCUCCCAGCCUAUUUGGCUGGUCUCACACUGGUACUGUUCAAAAAACUCCCGGUACUGGAUCUCUUGACCAUGCAAUAAAUAUGAUUUUUGGAAUUUUAUAUUUUGAAAGUGCUUCAGUGCUACAAGGGCAUCAAGAAAACAAUCAUAUGUCCUACUCAAUAACAAUAAGUACAACAAAUACAUAUCAAUACAAAUAUAUAUAGAGAUACAAGUAUAUAAGCCGAUAUAUCUCGGGAUAGAGAAGUGUGAGUUUACAGUUAGUAUUGAAAAUCUAUAUUUGAAAUUAGUAUUUAAUAGAGUGGAGAGAUUUCAUUGUAUGUUCCUUGAAUUUAGGAUUAAUUAUUUGCCCUUGAAGAAGCAUGGAUGUGCAAAAGAGAUGUGGCCAAUAGUCUGUAGGGCGUGGACGUCUGUUUGAAGAAGGAAAACAGCUUGUAUAGAAUGGUUAUGUGAAGACCUGUCCUGCACUUUGCAGUUUGGCAUCAUCUACCUCAUCUUUUCCAAGGAAGGGUUACGCAUCAGUUGUGGACCUAAGAGACUGUUUUCCUUGAGAAACACCCAGAAGCUAAUCCAUCAUAUUUAUUGUAUGGUUAAGAGAUCCAGGACCGGGAGUUUUUUUAACAGUAGCAUUGAAAGUUACUCCUGGGUUUCACCCUUUGGUAGAGUUAUGGGCUGAUUCCGCACAUGUUGGAUAAUACACUUUCAAUGCACUUUAGCAAUCAUUUAGAAGUGGAUUUUUUAUUUCACACACGAAAAACUCAGUUCCAAAUGAGCUCUAAAGAGGAUUGGAAGUGCAUUAUCCAAAGUGUGCGGAAUCAGCCAUGGUCUCACACUGGAACAAGAUCUGGCAAACCUGAUACUGCAUACUAGAAAUGUUGCUAUUUUGGGAGCAACGUGUAUGUCAAUGAAGGUAUUCAUGCUUAUGAUAACGGCAUAAGAAAAACAGUAUUUUCUAUAUUUGAAACUUAUUGAGUGGGGCCUGUCAUCAGUCUUCAUGGAAGUGGUCUAUUUACUAUCCAUAUCAUGAAUGUCUUGGUCAUGCACUAAAAAUCAAAUGAAUGUAUUUUGUGCGUCAAAUGUCAAAGGGAAUGGGGCAUGCAGGUUUGUAUUAAAGAUAGUUAAAGAUGUCUCUCUGGGAACCAAGAUCAAGAUAAUCCAAACAAUGUCUCUCUGGGAACCAAGAUCAAGAUAAUCCAAACAAUGGUAUUCCCCAUUACGAUGUGUGGAUGUAAAAGCUGGGCAGUGAAGAAAGCUGACAGGAAGAAAAUGGAUUCAUUUGAAAUGUGGUGCUGGAGGAGAGUUUUGUGGAUACCACGGACAGCCAAAAAGACAAAUAAGUGGGUACUAGAUCGAAUCAAGCCUGAAUUCUCCCUAGAAGCUAAAAUGACAAAAUUGAGGAUACAUCAUGAGAAGACAAGAUUCUCUGGAAAAGUCAAUACUGCUAGGAAAAGUGGAAGGCAAUAGGAAAAGAGGAAGACCUAAUAUGAGAUUGCUUGACUCAAUAAAAGAAGCAGUGGCCUCCAGUUUGCAAGAUCUGAGAAAGUCUGUUAAUAAUAGGUUGUUUUGGAGGGCUUUCAUUCAUAGGGUCGCCAUAGGUCGGAGGCGACUUGACGGCACAUAACACAUGUGCAUGGGAGAUUCUGUUUGUGGGAGGAGCAGGUGUGGUGUUCUAUGUUGUGGGUGUAUAUGUUUUUGAAUUUGGGGAAUGGGGCCAUGUCAUGGACUAGGCAAUCCUGAGUAGUUUCUCUGUAAAAAGGCAAUUUACAUUUUACUUAGGCAAUGUAAAAGCUGUCUCCUGGUCCUACUAAUCAGCAAGUAACUUUUCUUGGACUACUCCCUAUUCUGUUUGAAUUUUCCGUGUAGCCAACAGCAUCUUGUGGAACCACAGACAAUAGUGGCUUUGGAAUGACUAACUCCAAGAAGAUAAGGCAUUCUAAGAUACUAGUUCACCUUAAGCAAUCAGCAUUUGGGCAUCAGGCAUAGGAGCUUGAUUGGGUUGCAUGUUUGAGUAGCUACGGGGAUGAUAAGGAUGACGUAAUACUGAAUACAAAGAAACUAAAACCAUAAAGACCAGUUUUGCUAACUCAUGGUUAAAUGCAAGCUUAUUCUUUGCAUUCCAUCUUCAAGGCCAGCGUCUUACUAGUAUAUAUGCACGUAUUUUAGCAGGAUACGUAAAAUUCAGAUUUCACAAGACCCCCCCUGUCCACUGAAACCUGACACAGCAAUGGUUGUUGUGCAUCCUCUAGGGUGAUGUCCUUCCUUUUCUGGCUGUCACCAAACUUUUUUCCUUCCAGGAUACAUGCAAACUUGUAAAACUCAGAAUGUCACACACUUUACAUAUGGUCGUGGUGAAGAGUGCCGUCAAGUCUUAGCUGACUUAUGGCGACCCCGUUGGGAUUUUCAUGGCAAGAGACUAU